AUCUUUUGAUUUUUAAUUUUUCAUUUAAAAAGAAAGAAAAAUACGAAAUAUUUAUCGCUCAAUUAAUAGACUGUCCGAAAUUUCGGAAUAUCCAUUCAAUUGUAGCGCUGUUCGUUUCGUUCGGUUGCUUCCCGAGAAGUAAAUACGUGAGAUUUACUUGCAGCUCAAUGAUAAAGUAUUUCCUACAGUUGUAGUUAGUCUUAAUGAAAAUGAUAAGAAUGCCAUCUUUGUUUCGCUCUUAAUGUUGACUCUUGCUCGAAAACACCCAUUGGUUUUAUUUGAAAUGCACCUAGAUGGGACGUUGUGAGUUUUCGACUCGUAUAUUACCAGCAACAUGCGCCUGGUCCUUGCUCCUCGUAGCUACAGGACUGUUUUUUAUAUUCAUUGUCCCAGACCACCUUGAGAAAUAUCAUAUGGCUAUUCCUAUAUAUCAGGGUAUAUUAUCUUUAUUUGUUGUUGCAAAUUUUGCCUUAGCAACAUUUAUGGACCCUGGAGUCUAUCCCAAAGCUCAUGAAGAUGAGUUUCGGGAUGAUGACUUCAGAGCUCCACUGUACAAAAAUGUCGAAAUUAAAGGUAUUACUAUGCGAAUGAAAUGGUGUACCACAUGUCAGUUUUACAGGCCACCCAGGUGCUCUCAUUGUAGUGUUUGUAAUAAUUGUAUAGAGACAUUUGAUCAUCAUUGUCCUUGGGUGAAUAACUGUAUUGGCAGAAGAAAUUACAGAUAUUUCUUUCUUUUUUUGAUUUCAUUGACAAUUCAUAAAAUAAGUAUAUUUUCUUUAUGUUUAUUAUAUGUAUUAGAUCAUAAAAAAGAGUUAGCCCAAGCUGGAAGUAUUGUUGCUUUUAUUGUAAUGGUUAUUAUUGGUAUAUUAAUUAUUCCGGUUGCUGGUCUUACUGGUUUCCAUACAGUUCUGGUUGCUAGGGGAAGAACAACUAAUGAGCAAGUGACUGGAAAAUUUAGGGGUAGCCAAAAUCCAUUUACACGUGGUUGCUGUAAAAAUUGCAAAUAUGCUCUUUGUGGUCCACAAUGGCCAAGGCUUGUUUCAUAUAAACCAAGAACAAAAACUGUCCAAUUUGAAUCCUCAAGAGUAACUUAUGUUGCUGCUGAUAAAGAUGUUAAAAUAUUCAUGGACAACAGUAAUGGAAUAAAACAUGACAACACAUCUAAUCACAGGCAAGCCAGUCUAUCUUUAGAUGAAGAAACAGAAAGGCAAAGUCAGUCAAUGGAUUGUGAACCAAGUCCACCAAAGCAAUCUGGGUCCUACAGCAAUCUCUUUGAUCCUACUAAUCCAACAUCAGUAGGGGCAGCUAUGCAAGCUAAUCAAGGAAAUCAUAUUGGUAGAAUAUCACCCAGGAUACCACCACGUAAUUUGUAUACACAGUCCCCUCAAAGAACACGUUCAGCUGACAAAAAGGCUCCAGUUGCCACGCCUGAAGUGGUUUCCCCCAUCAGUUCUCCUACAGUAAAAUCACAAUCUAGUUCUCCAAGUCCUACUAAAUACAACUAUGCUAAACCUCCUAUAGGUUAUCACACACCUCGCUCAAAUGGAUUCACAUCCCUUACGCCUGGGCCACAAAUGACAAUGCCAUCAACAGGAUCUUCACAUCCCCCAUACAUGGGGUCAAGUGUAAAUAGAGGUUUUAGUAGGACAGGAAGUCCAGUUAUAUAUACGCUGGAUAAAAGUAAACCUCAGCAUUACCAAUAUUCUACAGGAGUUGGACAACCACCAUAUGAACAUGGUAACAAUGUUAAUUAUUCUUCUCCAUCUCACAGAUAUAUACCUGUGGAAUAUUCUUCAGUGACAUAUGACCCUGAUAAGGUAAGAGUGCCUCGUCGACCUAUGUCAUUUGUACGAGCUUUGGAAGUGAGUGAGGCUGUAGAACAGAAAGAAAAGCAGCAUGCUACUCCAUCCAAAAGAUCAGAGGCUUAUCAAGAGGAAGAAAAACCACGUAACAUGCGUGUAAAUGUUGCGAAACGCUGGAAAAAGCAUAAGAAACAAAAGAGAAUAAGAAUAAGAAACAAGGAUGAGAAAAGAAUAAUAUAUUUUAGAAGUAAUUCCAAUGUGGAUGAAACAGUGAAACGCAAGAUUGGAAAGUUUCAGAAUAUAAAAGUCCUUGGAAUGAAGACUACAAGAAUUAAGAAGAUGAAACGGCCAGACGUAAGGUAGAAAGUUAAGCUGCAAACUCUGAAGAAUGGAAUCAGUUUUAGGUCUCGCAAGAUGUUCCUCCAUUAAUGGCGUUUGUUGUUGGAUAAAAUAGCCCAUGAGAUUUAAAAUGAUUUUCUCCUUCAGUUACUACAGACAGCUUGGCAAACAUUCAAAUCAGGAAUUGUUAUCUAAAUGUCAUCAUGAAAAUACAUUUUACCUUUGUGAUCAUAAGAGAAACACCUGAAUUGAAUUAAUCAUUGGAUUACACAGAUUGCCACUUUAUGUAAAGUUUACCAAUUCAUAAACUGAAUGAAAUUAAACAAGAAGCCUGUAACAAGUCAUCAUGUUCCUUCUGUAUCAUCAACAUAUACUAGAGUGCCCACCACUAAUAUUCAUGCCUGAGGAUUGCUUCUGAGCAUAAAGCUCUGAGUAAUGAGAUGUAAAAUGGCCUGAGCCAUAAAUUGAUAUGAAAUAAAUUUACUCUACAUCAGGUA